AUGUCACGCGAGGAGCCAAACAGUCGGAAGGAGAAGAAGGCGCUGAGAGAUGCGGAGCGGCAUCGCAACGGCCGAAAGAGAAAGCAUGCAGAGACGGGAGAGCCUGCAGAAGUAAACGACGAGAAGCCAGAGCUUGAGGGCGACGUACUUGUAGCGGUGCCACAGAAAGAUGGCAAUGCAGUCGCUACGCAGGAUACAGCCACAUCAACGGCAGUCACCUCGAAGAAGCGCAAGCAGUCGGAUCGUGAAGUUACGGGCGAUGCGACUCGGGCGGAAGCAGAAGUAACUUCGGAGCAGCCAGCACCCAAGCGUAAGAAGCGCCGGAAAGCCAAACGCGAUCCAGCAGAGGUGGCUGAGGGUACGGAAGCCGUGGAGCAACCACAUAAGUCACGGUUCAUCCUGUUUGUGGGCAAUCUGCCUUUCAACACGACCGACGCCACACUACAAGCGUACUUCAAGAAGCUUGCACCCUUCAAUCUGCGGCACCGGACAGAUCCACAAACGAAAAAGAGCAAAGGCUUCGCAUUCCUGGAGUUUGAGAACUACGACCGCAUGGAGACAUGCCUCAAGCUGUACCAUCAUGGCAUGUUUGACCCGGAGGACUACGUGGCAGGGAUCGGAAAGUCGCAGGCGAAAGGUAAGAAGAAGAGUGGUAGACGUAUCAACGUGGAGCUCACGGCAGGUGGCGGCGGAAAGGCUGGAGCGCGAAUGGAAAAGAUCAAGGCGAAGAAUGUGAAGCUAGAGGAGGAGCGGAAACGGAGACUGGAAAUGGAAAAGGAUGAGCGGGGCCGGCAGCCUCAGACACCCAAGGGUGCGUACGUUCGAUUUGAUGAUAAGGAUGGCGAGGCGCAGGAACAACUCGUAGAGACGGAUGGUGCUGGAAUGCACCCUAGUCGGCUAGCGCGCAUGAAGGGCUGA